AAGAAACUUACUCCCAGCUAUGACAUUCGAGCAGCUGGAAACAAAAACCGACAUAAGUUUCUGUGUGAGGUCAGUUUUAUACUUUAAAAUGUGUCUGCAUCAGCAAUGAUCGGGUAAAUAACAUCUAACAACAUUCCAAUUUUGACAUAUAUUAUUCCUCUUCCAAGGUACAUAUUGAGGGAUUCAACUACACUGGAAUGGGAAACUCCACCAAUAAGAAGGAUGCCCAGGCAAAUGCUGCCAGAGACUUUGUGAAUUAUCUUGUCCGAGCUGGAGAAAUGAAUGCAGCUGAAGUCCCAACCCUUGGGGUCAGCUAUUAACAUAUUUCACCUAAUGCUUUUUUAUAAUUCAAGAUAAAACAUUUUGUCAUGCACACGUUGAUACCGUAUAAAAAAAUAAUUUUCAUAUUAACAGGCAAGUGUACCUGACUUAAGUGAGCCUAACUGUGGGGGAGGUUGAGGGGGUGAUGGAGGCAACGUCGGCUUUGGAAGUCUUCCUCCAAGUGGACCUAUCCCACCUCACCUGGUUGUGAAAGCUGAGCAAGGUACUAGACUGACUUCACCAAAUGUCUGUAUAGUCUAUGUUCUGUGAACUCUAUUCCUAUGGUGUCAUAACUAAUCUUGUUGUUUAGCUGUUGCUUCAGCGAAUGUACCUUCUGGACCAGUCCCAGGUGUCACUGGUUUGGGAUAUUCGGGAGGUGGUGGUGGAGGCAAUUAUUCUGGAGGUGGUGGAAACAGCAAUGCGCCGUGGGAUCGUGGGGCCAAUCUGA